UCUAAAACGAGAAUUUAGUGGCGAAAACAUUAUGUUUUGGAUUGCGUGCAAGCAGUACAGUAAAUUGACAGACAGGUAUCAGAUGAUCAGAUUAGCCAAAGAUAUUUACGACCUUCACCUACGUCCAGGUGCUCCCGAAGCAGUUAAUAUCAACAGCAAGACUCGGCAGUAUGUACUUAGCAACUUGUCCAAUCCACCAAGUGAUCUUUUCCAUCAAGCAGAAAGAGAAGUUUUCACACUCAUGAAAUUUGAUUGUUAUCAGAGAUUCUUAAAAUCUGAUUUAUUCGUGGAGUGUUUGACUGCAGAAAAAUUGGGAAAGCCUCUUCCGUGCAAUAAUGUAGAAGGUUCCAAAAGUCCAUCCGGAACUCGCUUUCGAAGUAAAAGUCGAGACAGGCAUCGAAUACAUCCAAAGAAAGCCAAUUCUACAAAUUACGGCAGUAGUAAUAACAAAUUGAACGCAAUUAGUGAUGAUGGUAAUUCAACUACAAGAAGAUCUUUCUUAUCUUGUAAAAAAGAUAUCAAUACAGUUUGGAAUAGAUUACAGCAAAGAAUGGAUGAUCAAAGAGGCACUGAGUUGCAAUGUGAUAUUCCCGAAUUUUUACGGUGUCCCCAAGAAUCAAGUUCAGUCAUUUGAAAAGCUCACUAUCACGAAAAAAAAUUAUCACAUGAAAUGAAACUAUACACGUUUAAAAUACCACUAAGAAGUGACGUUACAAAACAUUUGUCAUAAUUUAUCAGUGUUAAUCUUCGUGUUGAACACUUUAGAAAAAGUUUUAUGAAACUCUUUAUGUAUCAUUUCCUGCCAACAUGUGACAGAAGAAGAAAAGAGAGAAAUGACAUAGCAUAAUACUGGAAAUGAGUACCAUAAAAUGUCCCAUUUAAGUAGUAAUUUUUUAAAAAAUUUUACCAGGGCAUUAUAAAAGUUGUGCUACAACGGCAUUUACAGGAUUUCUUGUGUUGUUUAAAUUUUAUUUGGACUACUGAUGUAUCUGUGAAAUGAACUCCUCAUAUUUUACUUUCUGAAACGUUCAACUACUUUAUUUCAAACGCAUAUAAUUUCAUGUAUAACUUUGCUUAAAA